AGAAGAUAACUCCAAAAGUCCAGAAAUAGGGUCCGAGGUCCAUGCCUUGUUGCCAAUGCUUGUUCUAAGUAAAAUUGCAAAACAUCAAUAGUUCAAAGAAGUUUAAGAUCAAGUGAUGGUUGAUCCUGUUACAUGGAAUUGUAAACAAGUUGGUCAGUGGUUGAAAGAAAAUGGUUUUGAAAAAUACAAGAAGUUACUCUGUGAUGAGCAUAAGAUCAAUGGUGAAGCAUUACUGGUUCUGACAGAAAAUGACUUGAAACAGCCACCAUUACAGUUGACGGUUUUAGGAGAUAUUAAGCGGUUAAUGCUUAUCAUUAGAAAAGUACAAUUGCAGAGUAAUGGUAACCAAAGCCCUCAACCAAAUGGGUCCAGAACAUUCCAGAAAACACCAACACCUCUCUCAAGGUCAUACCAACAGUCAUCAUCUUCACCAAACUAUGAACGCUUGGAUAGCAGUGAAUCCUUGGAAGACAAUGAUUAUGUUGACUUAAAUGAAAUUUCACAACAGUUGAGACAAGGCCAUUUCUCCAAAAAUUUGGACCCAGAGCUAUGGAAGACUGCUUUAAGUUUCGUUUAUGUAUUUACAGUUUUCUUAAUGACUUCCUUUGUAAUGGUUAUAGUCCAUGAUAGGGUACCAGAUACAGAGAAAUAUCCUCCAUUGCCAGAUAUAUUCUUAGAUAAUGUACCCUAUAUAUCAUGGGCAUUUAAAGCAUGUGAACUUAUUGCAUUAGGACUAGGAUUAACAUGGAUUGUUUUAUUAUUCUUUCAUAAACACAGAUUUAUAUUAAUGAGAAGAAUGUUUUCCAUGAUAGGAACCAUUUUUAUACUACGUUGUAUUUGUAUGUUGAUUACAUCAUUGUCUGUACCAGGUGCACAUCUGAAAUGUGAAGGAAAGCUUUAUGGAGAUAUAUGGACCAAACUACGUAGAACGUUUGAAAUCUGGACAGGACUAGGUAUGACACUGUCAGGUGUUAGGACAUGUGGAGAUUAUAUGUUCAGUGGACAUACAGUUUUUGUUACUAUGCUCAAUUUUCUCAUAACUGAAUACACACCAAGAAAGAUGUAUUAUCUCCAUACUUCAGCAUGGGUAGCCAACAUGUUUGCACUAUUCUUCAUUCUAGCAGCCCAUGAGCAUUACUCCAUAGAUGUUUUCGUAGCUUUCUACAUCACGUCCCGUAUGUUUCUAUAUUACCACACUCUUGCCAAUAACCGUUCACUUAUGUUACGUGAUAAAAAGAGAACACGUAUCUGGUUUCCUUUAUUCACGUUCUUUGAGUCUAGAUGUGAUGGUAUUGUACCUAAUGAGUUUGAAUGGCCGCUGCCUAGUUGGGAACAAGUUAAACACAUGUUUAUUGGAUUGAAAUCAGACAUUGCAGCCAGUUCUAAGAACAAAAAGAAGCUGUGAAUAAAGAAGAUUUAAUAUAAGUGAAAUGUCAAUUUCAUUUAUAUAUUAAGCUAGUCUUAUGCUAAGUUAUACUGACAUAAAUAUUUGUAAUUUUGACAUCACACUUAUUUUGUUUCUCCACUAAGUUUUAGAAUCAGGUUAUUGUAUAUUUUUUUUUUCUGAUUUUAGUUGUAGUUGAUUUUGAAUGUUAGAUGUGAGAAAAAGAUAAACUUGAAUUAUCCUGGGUACGUCUCAGUAAUAAUGUUACUAGACAGUACUGUUGAUAUCUAAACAAAUUUGGUCAUUUUUGUUUUCGUAAAUUUUGAUAUAUAUAUUGAUUUCACAACUACAUACUUUCCACCAUUAUCAGUAGUUUAUUUUUUGUUAAGAUCUUUUACUGACUUAUUCUUGUAUUACCUAUGCCUUAAGAUCAAAGGGGUAUAUUAUUUACAUAGUUCUUACAAUAGGACAUCUGUGCUUUACAGUGAACUUAGCACAUUGGCCUGAUUACGGAGGAUCUACAAUAUUUGAGAAUUAAGGAACAGUUGAGUUUGUGUUUUUGUUGUUUUGUAAAAGUUUGCUUACAAAACUUUUAGAAUAUUCAUACUUCGCUAAAUAUUUGAAUUCAUGGUGAACGUUAACCCAUGAAAUCUACGAAAAUAUGUCUCCCACAACUUAAUAUGGAAUCCAGAGAAGUCCUAUGCUUUUUCCCUAAGUAAUUCUUGGGUCCUGUUUAACUUCAUGACAGAAAUUAUAGACACUGUUUAGAAUGGCAUAUCUUAAUAAAUGUCUUGUUUCAAGUGAUGGGUAUAAAAUAAAAGUCUGUUAAAUUGUACAUUGUGCAUGACUAUGUAAGUAUUAGUAAUGGAUCUGUGAUAAUUUUUGUAUGUGAUAUUAAUUGUAUCUUAAGGGAUAAUGUAUGGCUUAUGUCACUGGAGUAUAAAAAUACAGGGAAAAAAAUAUAAUUUAGCCACAACUAUAUUUACCAAAGAAAGUACAAAAAUUCAAGAUUGUCUUUACAUUGUAUAUAUUGAAAAUGCUAGUUCCUAUGUUUGUAUUACUGUGAAUAUGACUGAGGGUAACAUAUUAGCCCUUGUGCCUCUAUUGUGUUCCUUCUGGUAAUGAUUCUAUUGCCUUUCCUCAUGAAGCAGGAUGAUUAUACCGUAAAUCCUCAACAAUUUGUAUAGUAUACCAUGACCUGUAAUUACUAAUUAGAUAACCUUCCAUAGGAAAACCUGAAUUACUUUAUUAGAAUUUUUAAUAUAGUCAAAAACGUUACCGAUCAAGUAUAGGUUUCAUUCUUAUUAAGGUGGUACCAAACACCUGAACUAAAAUUAAUUUGGCUCGUUUAAUUUUCUUAAAAUUUUGACAAAGUAUUUACUUUGAACUUUUGACAAAAAUAUAAAAAUUUCAAAAAAAUUGAACCAACCGUUUAAUCAGAAAAUUUACACUGGUUAUAUAGCAGUUUCACAAAAAAUUAUUUUGAUCAUUGAGAAGCUUAAUAUUCCCUUAACAACACAACGUCAUUAAAACGUUCUGCUGAUUUUACAGAGUUAUCUCCCUGUAGUGUUACGUACCACCUUAAAUGAUUUUUGCUAACUUGGGUCCUUAGGUCAUAGAUAAUAAUUUUAACAAAAGAUGCCUCAGGGAUUAGGUUUGGCCAUAUCUGCAUCUUUAAAUCUUUAAACCUAAACUUUAACUUGAAACAUGACCCGUGAUUUUGCCUUGUAUAAACAGGUUGACAAGAAAACAUAUUACAUUACACUUUAUGGGGGAGCUAUACCUCACAUUCCUUCCGAGCACCUUCAUUUAUUUCGGAACUCUUUCAAAUGAGUUUAAAAAUCAGAAAAAUAUAGAAUUCAGGACCAUGUUUACAGGAGGAAUGUAAAAAAAAAUUCUAGACUCCAUGAUAGUUCAUUCAUUUAAUACCAGAUCCUCCUCAAAUUGUGAUGAAGGUUUUUAAAAAAAAUGUUUAAAAAAAAAUCUAAUAUGAGGGACCAUUACUUGCAAGGUUAAUUUGUACAAAUAUUCAAUGAUAUGUCUUCUUAUUGGUAUACUACCUGUAUUUUAGAUCACCUGGCCCUAUAACUAUCAUUUGUAGUCAUCAGUCAUAGCCUGUCAACCAACAUGGCCACUAAGGCUGAAAAUAGAACAUACGGGUAAAAUGCAAGUACAUGUAUUGUCUUUUAUCUUGAAAACCAAAACCAUUUUGGGUUAUUUCCAUAUUUUUUUGUUUGUGAGUUUUCACACCAAAGGUUCUUUCAUGUUAUAUACUGGUAAUGAUUUAUGAUAUUGUAAUUGUUGUUGUUCUUGACUAUAUAUGAUAAAAAAUCUUUUUUCCCCUUCAUUGACUGUCUAAGAAAUUGUUAUUGAUGUUAAAAAGUGAACAAAACACUUACCUAUAUUCAUAUGCAAUGUAUAUAAAUAUUAUUUUAACCUAUGCAUUUCUAGAUGCUUAACUUUUUAUAUCUAUAUUACUAUAUUUUUUUACUCUUGUUUUGCUACAUGUAGUUGAUAAAAAAAAGUUAUGAUGUGCUAUUGCUAAUAUGUUAUUUUUACUUAUAAUUAUUUCUAAUUAUGUGAUUAUGUAAAAUAAUAUUUGUAAAGUUAAUAAGAUGGAAUGUUUACAAGACUGUUCCAGUGGUCUAUCAACUGUUAGUGUUUUACAAAAUUAGGAAAUUAGGUUCUUACUAUUUUUCUGUUGCCAUAGAAAACUUGUAUAAUUUAUGUAAAAAUGUGAUUUAUAGUUUCUGUUUAUACAAUUAUUUGUAACAUGACAUCAAUAUAUAAUUUUCCAGUUAAUCUGUGUGCAGAUUGUAUAUUGAAUGUUUAAGGUAGAAAAUGCUAUUCUUUGGAACAAGGGAGAUAAUUAUGCAAACACAAGGGAGAUAAUAUGAAUGUAUAUUCUGAAAUGUACUCAUUUUUACUGAAAUUGAUGAUUUCUCUUUUGGCUACCAUCUGAUAUUUAUGUGAAUUUUAUUUCUAAAUGACCUACAAAAAUAGGCAUUGACUAUAAAGAGAUAAGAACCUUUAUUGUUUGAAUUCCAUAGAACUAUAUAAGAUUUGAGGUAAUACCGAAGGAAAAUUGGCACAAAUGGAACUUAAUUCUAAUCAAGAAAAACAUGAUUUUAACAUAUCAACACAAAGUAUUUUCCCAACGCAAUGUCAUAACAAAGAAAAAUUAAAUCUGGCUUUUGAAUGUACCUCCAAAACUUCAAAUUGUCUCAAUUUUGACUGAAUGCUGUGGUUGGAAUAGACAGGAUCAAGUUGUUAAUGAAUUAUGGACAAUUGAAUAUAAUGUAUUUCCAUAAAUUAUUACUUUUUGAAUAGGAGCAAUAGAUUAAUUAGGGUUUCUUGCUGUAAAGAGUUAUCAAGAAUACUAUCAUGUGAUCAAGAGUACAGUCAUUUGAUCAUCAAUACAAUCAUGUGACCAAACAUACAAUCAUGUGACCAAACAUACAAUCAUGUGACAAAUAGUACAAUUAUAUAAUCAUGUUGGUAUUAGACCAAAUAAUUAUAUCGAUUAAAUUCAUUCAAUAGUAUUUUAUUACAGGAUGUAUUAAAUAUGUUUUAUAAAUAGUCAUUAAAUUAAAAAGGUAAAUUGGAAAUGAGCAGAUCAAGAGUACUGUUCACAGUUUCACAUCAGAUAUACAUUUCUGUAUUUGACAAAUAUCUAUUUUUAACAAACACAUUAUUAGUGCUUGUAUAGAUAUACUCGUGGAAUUAAUUUGCAAGGUUUAGUUUGUGGACUCUUUUUCUCCUAAUCAGUUUUACCAUUAUGUGCCAUACAAUUUAUUGUUAAAAAAACAGGUGUAAUAGUUUACAUGGAUUUAAAAGCACUUUGAAAUUAUAUUUAUUUUAUUAUGGUAUGUGUGUAUGAAAGACGGCCAAUCAAAGCUAUAAAUAAAGAUAUUGCUUGA